CGUACAGUAGGACUAGAAGUAGACGGGAAAACUGAACUGAGGUGAAAUGAAAGCUGAUAAGAUUUUGUCCUAGUUGAUAGCUGAGAUUAUGUGAUUUCAUUCAUAAAUAAUAGUAGUAACACCAAUAACAAGUAGUGAUUAGGGUGUGUGAAGUAAUGUACUUAUGAACUGUGAAUUAUAAAUAACUAUGUUGCUGAAUAUGGCACUAACCCAGCAACAGAUCGUGUAAUUGGCCAUGUAUGAGCUGAACAUCAAGACUAACCAACGGUACAGGAGACAAAUAUCGUAGAAGUUUCAAGAAUCUUAAUAUUUUUGUAAUACUGUAGUCAACUGAACUGAAGAUUGAUUUAAUACUGUGGAGUAAAUUUUCAGGUUAAAUUAAAUUAGACUAUAAGUUAAUUUCUUAAAUGAGCUUUAGGAAUGAUUAUCGAUUUCCUAGCACAGUUUUCAAUUUUUUUGGUUCAAAUAGCAGUUUUGAAGACAUCAAAGAUUAUUCAAGCUCUAGAAUGAAUAUGGGAAACAGCACUGGGUUACCAACCACAGUUUUAAAUUUUUAUGGAAAUGAAAUGCCCGGAAAAUAUAACAUUAAUGAACAGUCAGAAUCCUCUUCUUCAGACAGUGACAGUAAUAGUGAUAGUGAUAGUGAUAGUGGUAUGGACACAGGUGAUAUCAAAAUCUUAAAAUCCGGUAAAUAUAAGAUUUAUGAGCCACCUAGUGUUCCCUCAUAUCCUGAAACUACUGCAAAUUAUCAGUUUCAUCAGGAUACUACUUACUUGUUUCCUCCACAUUCAAAAAUAACAUUUGAAACUGUUUCAAAAAUUGAAAUGGAUAUUGAUUUCAAUGACAUGAUUUCUCUUAUAUUUUUGCUGUUUGACAGUAAUUUUGCUCUACAGGAGAUACUGUCCAUGGUAAAGAACUACCAAGUCAACGGUGUGAGAAAUUUUGUAAAUGACAAUAGAUUGUCAAGUUGGGCUCGAUACCAGAAUAAUAACCAGACCAGUAACUGGAGAAUGGAGUUGGUGGAAGCUCUCGCUGUGAUACAGAAUUACAGGAUUUUGGAGAAACUUGGAUAUAGUAGAAAUGAAAUAAAUGAACAGUUUCAACCCAAAAGUAAUGAGACUUUGCAUCUAAACAGAGCAAAGAAAAUGCUUUUUAAGUUGUGUGAUUGCUUAAUUGGAGAACAAGCCAUACAACUUAUCAAUUUUGUAAGAACAGAGAAAAAGUUUGACAAUGAUAUUACUAUAUCUUAUGAUAUAGCAAACAUGGAACUUCAUGUUUUGUUCUGGUUGACUCAAAGUGCCAUUACCAUUGACAAUGGAGUUAAUGUAAACGUUGUAACAAAAUAUUUGAAAAGAAUGAAUUUGUCAGAUAUAGUAGAAAGAAUUGAAGAGACAGUUAAGAAGAUCAAUGAAUUUCUUCCGAACAAAUACAACUUAAGGGAAGAGGAGGAUAAAAAUUCCUAUAAAAUUAAAAACCCAAAAAAUGUUGGGCUGUUGGUUAUUGUAAAUAUGCUUGAUUUCGAAAAUAAUGUUGAAGAAAGAGAAGAAUUUAAGGAUCAACUCCCUCCUUGUAAAUUACCCAAUAGAACUGGGUCACUUGAAGAUGUAAUUAACCUCAAGAGCACAUUCACUAAGUACUUGAAUUUCAAAGUUGUUAUUGAACACGAUAUCAAGCAUGAUGAUCUGAUCAAUGAAAUACAAAAGAUGAUAAGAAAACAUUUUGUUGAGGAACAUUCAGCACUCUUUCUGUGUAUACUUUCACAUGGAAAAGAAGGUUGUAUUUAUGGUGUAAACAGUAUUCCAGUACGGAUUGAGGAAAUUAAAAACAUUUUCUGUAAUGGUACAUCUGUAGCAAAUAUGCUCAUAAAUGUCCCGAAAGUGUUGAUAGUACAAGCAUGUCAGGGAGCCAAUUAUUUGUAUGCUGAACCGGGUUUGACAGUAGAUUCACCAUCUUCUAGUCAACAACAGGCAGAAGGUGAUCAGAUGAGGCAUGAUGGCCUCAUAAGACGGGAUUGUUACAGUGAUCUUCUUGUCUGCAUGUCUAUCAUUGAUGGAUUUGUAUCAGUUCGAUCCACUUUAUAUGGUAGCAAGUAUAUUCAAGAACUAUGCAGGUGCUUGGAGAAGUAUUACGACAAAAAACAUUUUAAUGACAUUGUAGUGAGAGUUCAACGAAAAGUCAAUGCAAAAGACAUGCACAUUGAUGUUAAGCCUGAGCCUGGCCGAUGUACUGUUCACAAGAACUGUGUGAAUAUCUAUAUGACUCCAUGGAUAUCCUGCAAUACAUUACGUAAAGACCUUUAUUUAACAAAUCGAAACCAAAAUGUAACGUAACAUUUGACAAUGUUAUAAAUGGUGAGAAAAACCAAUGAACAUUCACAUUUAUGAGAUACUAUAAAAAUGUAAUUUUAGCUAUAAAUUAAUAUGUUACCAUUUUAUCUACUAUUUUGAUGUUAAGUAUUGUAUUGUUAUUGCAAUGGAUGGACUUAAACCGUU